AUGGUUUUGACAUACUUCGGACACACCACUUCAUUAUGGCACAAGGCUUCCAUUGUUAAGAUCGCCGGCGCGGGGUUUCGGCUUUCAUUGCUCCUCAACGCUGCCGCUUGUCAACUGGCACAGUCAAAAUUGGAGAUACACAGCAUCGCCAAGGGUAUUUCACUCUUUGCUUUGACGCUCAAACAUGUUGGACAGACCAUCGAGGGCCCCGGGAUUGAUCGAUCCCCCGAGGCGACAGAGAAGGCACUCGAGAUUGCGGGACAGGGCCAGCUCAUCUUCGUUGAAAUUGAACACAUGUUGGAUAAGUUGAAGGCAACGGACCGAAACGAAGAUCUUAUGAGACUCUCCUUGCAAGAGAGACUGAAGUGGUGCUUUCCCAAACAGCAUGUCACUUAUCUCUUAGCACAGGUGGAGACCCUCAAGCUCAGUCUUAUUGUGAUGUUGCGGAUACUACAACUUGGGAAUGUGAUCAAGGCCAACACAGACGAUGGAAUUGACACGGACUCACUUGCAUCCGCUGCCGACGACACCAUUGCACAGGAGAAAGCAGAGUCUCAAAAUAUGAUCAUUGUUCGGUAUUGGGCCGUCAAACGUCUUGAUCGCUUGUGGGAUCUUGUGGAACAGGAAGCCGUCGAUGCUGCCAAGGACCCAAUUAAUCAAAAGAUCAAUGCCAACUACUCCAACACAGCCUUCGCGGUCAAUCCACUGGUGGCUGCGGCAAGGGGCGCAGGUCCUACACGACUAGCUGUCGUGACCUUUGGAGAAAGUGAUGUAGGCUUGAGCGACAUGGAACGAUCCCCAAAGGACAUGGUUCAGUUGUCGGAGAUGGCGAUGAAUCGACUGCUAUCGAUGUGGGUACCUCAUAUGGGUCCUUCGAGACCAUACAAUCAUGGCAAUUUAUCCAAGACCCAACCGCGAGUCUACAUCUCCGACACAGACGACCAUUCCGACGAGCUCGACUUCGACAGCCCUGAGCCUCGAGGUUACUACCUUGAAGGCAAAACAGACAAUUGGAGAAACCCUCACUCGCAAGAGGCCCGGCAGCAUGCAGCAAAAUUACGACAGGAAUACUCCCGAUAUCAAGCCCACGUCGAAAGCGAGCCCGAGCCUGAUGAAUCGAAGCAUCGAAGUCGUGACAAAGCCAUCGACUCAAGCGAAGAAGAAAAAGAAACCCUCCAUCCUCACACCAGCAACAUGCGUCGCCCCCAUUCAAACAGUUUCUCAGACCACCCCAUCGACAGACAACCAUACCCAUAUGCAUAUCCAAGUGGCAGCUACCCACCACCAUCUCAGACUCGCCCGCACCCACCUCCAGCCCAGCACAACCAACCCAAAUACCAACCUCCAACCGCUCCUCGAUCGAUCCCAACCACCCAGCCAAAUCACGCUACCCCAAUCCCCAUGCCAGUUCCGAUCCCUCGACAAAACCAUGUCCACUUCGACCCCUACAGACCUAGAUCCCGCACAAACCCGCUUUCCACAUCAACUCCCGAGUCUAGGAGCUCAGAUCCCCGACUUGCAGAUCACAGAGCCUCUCCGCCCCGCUCGGCGCAAAGAUCGCCAUCCCAUCGGCGUGAUCGUGAUCGUGAUCAUGAUCGUGAGCGCGAGCGCGAAGAAGCCAAACAACGACACAAGUCCCUGACGAGGAAUGCUACAAGGGGACUAGUGGGUGUGGGUGCGAUAGCAGGGUUCAUGGAUGCUUUGGAAGCGUUCUCGAUCCUGUGA